AUGGAGCGUGCCGCAGGCUCAGUUGUGCAUCCACCAUAUUUUGAUGGGUAUAACUAUGGUGCUUGGAAAGCUAAAAUGAAGUCUUUCUUAUGGUCUCUGGGUGAACGUCUCUGGAAUACUGUGGUUCAUGGAUUUUUUGAACCCACAAAAAUAACUGGAAAAGGAGAUGAAGACCGCACACUUCUAAACCCAGAAAGGAAUGGACAAAUGCAGAAGUCACACACAGUACCAAUAACUAAAAGGGGUGGAAAAAUUUCAGAAGUUAGAGUGGUGAAAAAGAUUCUGAGAUCGUUGUCUCAACGGUUCCAACCGAAGGUCAUAGCUAUUGAAGAGAUCCGUGACUUGAACACCUUGAAAGUUCAAGAACUCAUAGGGUUCAUACAAACCUAUGAGAUGAAACAUCUAGCUCCUAAAAAGAGCAAAAGUGUUGCUUUUAAGGUUGUGAAUGAAGAAGAUGAUGGGCAUUCAAAUGAAGAUUGCAGUGAUGAGGAAUUAAUGAUUCUCACAAGACGAUUCAGGAACUUUCUCAAGAAUCAGGAUCCAAGAAGUCGAGAUUCAAAAGGAUAUGGACACAUAUCUUCAGAAUGUGCCAACACUUUAAAGAAGCAAAAGGAUGGGACGAAUAAGGCCCUACAUACUACGUGGAGUGACAGUGAUUCUGACACUGAAAAUAAUGAGAAGGCCAUUGCACUUAUCACAACCGUAAGCUUGGACGAAGCAUCAAAGAAAAAUGAUGAUGAAGGAUUGGAUAUUGAAUUUGUGCUGGAAAAAUAUGAUGAUUUACUGGCUGCCUCUCAGAAAUUCAGCAAACAUAAUGCAGAACUCGUCAAAACUGUUGCUGUGUUAAAACUGGACAAAAGCAAGAUUGCUAAUGAGCUGCCAUCCUCUGAUACUGCUCCCAGAAUGGGAUUGAUAAGCGAUAUCAAUCCUAUCGAGGUCUGGAAGCUUUUGCUGAUCUUAGAUUGGAUUUUUGGCAUUGGAUCACUUAGGGUAGAUUAA